UUUAUUUGUGUUCUAUUUUUACUAAACGACUUCGUUUUUCUGCUUCCUUCUCGUUACGGCGGGCAACGCAGAGCUAGCUGCAAAACCCUAAAUAAGCAAACCCUAGGUAGCAGAGAACCUCAAAGCACCGUCAAUGGCGAUUGCACGAACUGGAGUGUUCGUAGACGACUAUCUGGAGUAUGCAAGCACUUUGCCCGCUGAGCUUCAGAGGCUCCUCAAUACCAUUCGGGAACUCGACGAACGCUCCCAAUCCAUGAUAAGCCAAACAAGACAGCAGACUAAGUACUGCUUGGGAUUAUCUUCACAGAGCUCAAAAAAAGGGAAUAACAACAAUGGUAAUAAUAAUUACUAUCAUUAUAAUAACAACAACGACGAGGACGAGGCUGCAAUUGAGAAAAUGAGAAAGGAAAUUGAGGCUCAUCAGGACAAUGCAUUGAGUUUAUGUACUGAGAAGGUAUUGUUGGCACGGCAAGCUUAUGACCUGAUAGAUAGCCAUGUAAAGCGACUCGAUGAGGAUCUAACCCACUUUGCAGAAGAUCUAAAGCAGGAAGGGAAAAUAUCACCUGAUGAACCAGCAAUUCUUCCCCCAUUGCCUAUUGUCCCCAAAAGUGAAAAGCGCAAGUCUAUUUAUGGAACACCUCAAUCAAAAAGGCUUGAUUACAGGGAUAGGGAUUGGGAUCGUGAGCGUGAUAGGGACUUUGAGCUAAUGCCUCCUCCAGGGAGCCAUAAGAAGGAAUUUGUUUCCCCCAUUGAUGCUGAUCAGCCCAUUGAUCCAAAUGAACCUACAUACUGUGUUUGUCAUCAGGUGUCCUUUGGAGAUAUGAUUGCUUGUGACAAUGAAAACUGCCAAGGAGGUGAAUGGUUUCAUUACUCAUGUGUUGGGCUGACACCAGAGACUAGAUUCAAGGGAAAGUGGUAUUGUCCAACAUGCAGGUUACUACCACAGUCUUGAUGAUUAUGUAUGUAUUGCACAGCUUUGAAUCACUUCGUUGAACUGUUCAUUCUUCCAGUAUGUUUUUGCUACACAAAGAAGUUAGCGAAAAGUUAAUUGACUGGAAUUAGUCAAGCUAAGGAUUGUUAGGGUUGUGAUCUACUCUAAGGUACAAUAUUUGAAUGUCUUCCAUUUUCCAAAAACCUUGAACAGAAAGGUUUAAAAAAAAAAAACGGAUUGGAAGUUGUGUAUAUUUGAGCUCUACCUUUUGAAGUGGCAAAUUGGUAAGUUAGAAAUGAAUGGUUUGAACUUUGAAGAAGAAAACGGUACUGGCAAAUGAUUUCUUUGUCCUAGUCAUUUUGCCAGAGGAAAAUGUAAUAGACCUGUAUUGACGAAACCUUGUUGGUGGGAAAUAGUUUCAACUAGCUUUUUCACCUUUUAUUUAAUUUUUUGUGUUUGAUUGAUUGUAAAUAUUUAUUUUGUUGGUAAAUCAUCUAUGUAGUAAAACUGGAAUGAAAUGGGAAAAUGACUGUGAAAUUUAAAUGGAUUGGUAUUUAUUAUUAUUAUUA